AUGAAUUGGUCCCAGAGCUUUUUAAGAACAGGGUUGACAAUUAUUUCUCUGCAAACAUGUGAUACGACUGGUCCUUUGUUGACUUUCUUGAGACUAAGAGACGUCAAAUCCUGGCUGGCGAAAGAUUUACAAUUGAUCUUGGAAGUUGAACCACCCGAAGACGUCUCCUUCGCUAUUAUUAAAUAUGAACGAGAUGUAAAGAGAGUGGAACUUAAAACUGACUAUGAAGGUAUUAGUACACCCACAAGAAUUAAAUUUACGCUCAAAGUGAAAAAUGAAAAAGUGGAGUUCGACGAGGAACAAAUAACGUUUUGGACAGAUAGCCAUGAACGAGCUAACAACCAAACAAAACAAAAGUUAGAAUUCUUCUCGACUCCUCAUAAACUAAUCCUUACACCACAUAAAUUUAAUGUGAUAUCUCCGAAAGUUAUUCUGGCAAUUGUCAAGGCGAAAAUAUCACGAGAUAUUCGAGUGUCAACAUUCAACAUACCGACAUACACAUCCGCAUUACAUUUUUUCGGUCAGAUACCACCAGUUCCAGUCAUAGUGUCAACAGCGUUUAAACUCGUCGGAUAUGUGUUCGGAAUCGUUAGCAUUCUAAUUGGUGAUCCAGUAUCGAAGAAGGCUGGCGCACUGGCCACCGACCUUAUACAAUAUGUAGAUGCGAUGAAUAUGAUGGAAUCAUCAGAAGGUCCUUUACAACAGGCCAGAAAGCAUACUCUCGACGAUUCGGAAAAACUCUCCAACACUGGCGUAAACAUUCUUCUCACAAGUCUCUUGGAGCUAGUAUCUGCAAAGAGAUUGAAGUCAGAAGUGCCGUCUUUAUCCUCCGUAGGAGAAUAUAUGCGUAUUUUUGAGCUCAUAACAUAUUAUGUGGAAUCAGCUCGCCACUUGGCCGCAGGAAGUGACGGACUGAAGAGCACGGAAUCAAAAAGAUUUUGCGAUAAUAUUCAAUACACCUUUGAUAACACGCCAGGAAUGGUCGAAACGACAAGUACCGAAGUUAAUCUACCGUCUAUACAACCACCGCAACAAGCAGCAGACACUCUAACUGAACAACAACCACCCAACCAACUGCAAGACCAAAUAGAUAUACAACGGUCAGACGAUCCGUCGCUGUCUAACUUGCAAACCAAUAAUCCCCAGCCACAAGUCCCGUUGUCCGAUAAUCAAGUGGAAUCACAACAGAGUGAAUUGCCAUUAGACGAGAAACUGUCAAGUUCUACAAUUCGUCCACAAGACGACAGUUUGACAAUCAUUCAGACUGAAGGGCAACCUUUAGCGCAAGAACUCCGUUUACCUCAACCAUCGCCUCGUCACAUUGGACUACAAGAGUCUGUUGAGCAGUCCGUUGCGGGGCAAGCAGCAGAUUCAGCUACGAACUCCUCCAAUAGUAUACAAAAUGAGACUGCCAAAUCAUCGCAGGCUACUCAGCCAAUUGCAGUGACUGGCCAAGGAAAUGUGUCCUCGCAAUCAACGGAUCAAAUGCCACAGAAGAAACUGAUUUCCUCCAAAAAGUCUAAUCAGCCUAUUCAUAUACUAUUGGUGGAAUGUGGCAAGGAGUAUAUCACUGGAUAUCUUACGAAAAAAUCAGAGGAAGAUACAACUGUAUUAUUUAGCGAUCGAAAGAAAUUACAUGCUGAUUUUAAGCUCUAUUGCAACGAGAUUAUAUUAAAAUCUGCGAGAGAUCGAAUUAUAAACGAAUUAGACGAAAAAGGCAAGGAAGCAUUAGAUGUCCGGAUGGCUUCAGAUGCAUGUAUUAAUCGAUUAUUUACAAUGAAAGCAAAGUUGGAAGACUCGGCUACAAUUUACAAAUGUAUUGCAGAUGCAAUGGAUGAAGUGAAGGCUAAAUAUCCUGAGGUGUCCGAUAAUAAUUGGUCUGCAUUAAUAAACAAUGGGAUAAUAUCGCCAGAAAUGGCGAUGAUCCUUCGUAUAUGGAUACAAUGUAAUAAAAAAGAACCAGCGAUUCCACCAGUUCAUGGAGGCCACUCGGAGCAACCACGCUCAAGAGGUAGAGGCCAUAUGCGUGGUGGGUAUUGGCUGCCCAGAGGUGGACCCCCAAGAUACUCCCCGUAUCCGCAAGGCCCUCCACGCAGAAGGGAAUGGCCAGUCCGUGAUGAGAGGGAUUUCAGAGAUCGACGAGUUGACGGCGAUCAUUUUAGAGAUCGUCGAGACGAAUACGCAAGAAGAGAGUUUGAUCGAAGGCCCGACUUUCGUGGCGGUCCUCUACCACCGCCACCUCCUCCGUUACCUUUUGGCAGAGAUCGGCCACCAAUGGUAUGGAGAGACGAUGUCUAUCAUCGUUACGAUGAUAGACGCAGAGAUGUAUACGAUCGUAGGCCCGACGAGAGACAUGGGAGGGAUCUACGGGGACCACCGAUGCCGCCAAUGCCUGUACCAAUACCUGUGGGUCCACCGAUUAAAGCUACCCCUGCUAUAUAUGAGUCGCCUCCAAUGCCUCCUGCCUCGCAGCUACAACAAACACAACAAACAGCAUAUGACUAUCAGCAAUAUUCUUCUGAUCAGCAACAAUAUUCCACAGAUACUUCAGGUUAUCAACAAGAUUAUAGUACACAGACAUACCCGGGUUAUUAUCCACAGUAUCCACCGGAUGGACAGCUAAAUGGGCAAUCAACAUCUAAUUAUCAGUACACAAAUGCAAAUAAUAAUGGCUGGGAUGCGCAGGGUAAUCCGGUACAACCAAUUCCAAUCCAACUAACUUCAUUCUCAUGGAACCAACCCGGUCGACAUGGUGCAAUACCAUUGCCCACCGAUUUCAUGUCGGGACCGAGUAACGCUCCACGAUUGUCAAUGCCGGAGCCACAUGAUGUCCUUGGAGUAAUUAAGGGUGUCAUUAUCAGAGACGCGCAAGGUAACAUUGGAUUAAGUCAAUACACAUUUACAACAAUGUGA